AUGGUUAGGAUUGAACCAGGGGAGCCAAUGGUCGAUAUGAAAGUUGGAAAUCAAUCCGUUGAGUUUAUGCUUGAUUCCGGGGCCUCUAAGUCUGUGGUGAACACGGCUGUGUCUCACCCAACUGGAGAAGAUGUAAAUAUUGUAGCAGCUACAGGAAGACGAAAAGCUUGUCCUUUGUUGGCAGAGAGAGAAUGUUUGCUAGGGAGGCAUCUGGUCAGGCAUAGAUUCAUUUAUAUGCCUGAAUGUCCUGUGCCUCUGAUGGGAAGAGAUCUUUUGUGCAAAAUGAGAGCUGCUUUGCUUUUUGAGGAAGAUGGUUCAAUGUUGGCAGGAUUCAGGACAGGUCCGGAUAGACAACUGGUAGAACAGCAGUUGAAAAUGGCUUUGGAAGUACCUAUGGAGGAAGAGUGGAGAUUGUAUUCUGUAUUGGAAGAAAGAACUGACUGGGAAGCAUUCAAUGUCCCAGAGGUAUGGGCAGAAGAUAACCCUCCGGGGUUGGCAAAAGAUGUUCCACCAGUCAUAAUUGAAUUAAAGCCCUUCGCCAAUCCGGUGGCAAUCCGACAGUAUCGGCUCCCUCGGGAGGCGAUCGUUGGAAUUGCGGCCUAUUUGGAGAAGUUGGAAAGAUACGGGAUACUGGUUCCUUGCCAGUCUCCAUGGAACACACCCUUGUUGCCAAUCAGAAAACCGGAUGGGUCCUAUCGCCCUGUCCAAGAUUUGAGGGCUGUAAAUAAAUUAGUAGUCCCUCUCCACCCGGUAGUUCCAAACCCAUACACACUGCUUAGCCUUAUUCCACCCCAUCACCAAUGGUUUACUGUCCUGGACCUCAAAGAUGCUUUCUUUUGCAUCAGACUGGCCGAAGAGAGCCAGAAGAUUUUUGCCUUUCAAAAGGAGGAUCCUGGGACAGGGGCCAAGGGUCAACUCGUUUGGUCAAGAUUGCCACAGGGGUUUUGUAAUUCCCCGACCAUUUUCGGACAAGCCCUGGCGCAGGACUUGCUGCCAAUGGUCAAGAAUGACAAAGGAUGGACCAUUCUCCAAUAUGUAGACGAUAUCCUUCUCUGUGCAGAUAGUAGAGAGGAAUGUUUGGAAGGGACUCAGACCUUGUUGCAGUUCUUGGCAGAGAAAGGUUACAAAGUUUCGAAAAAGAAGGCUCAGCUAGUUCAGCAGGAAGUGAAGUACUUGGGGUUUCGUUUGGCUAAAGGUGUUCGGAGGCUAGAGGUGGAGCGCAAGGAAGCCAUCUGCUCCAUCCCUACCCCCCAAACUCGGAAACAGGUCAGAGAAUUCCUAGGAGCGGCAGGGUUUUGUCGCAUAUGGAUUCCGAACUUCGGACUAUAUGCCAAACCCCUCCAUGAGGCCACAAAAGGGAAGUCAGGGGACCCCUUGGUGUGGGGAACAGAACAGCAGGAUGCAUUUGAGCAAUUGAAGAAAGCCUUGAUGUCUGCCCCCGCUUUGGGGUUGCCUGAUUUGGACAAAACUUUCUACUUGUAUGUAGGAGAACGGAAAGGAGUGGCUGUAGGAGUAUUGACUCAGCUGGUAGGCGAUUGGCCCCGGCCAGUGGCCUAUCUGUCUAAACAAUUGGACAAUGUGGCCUGUGGAUGGCCCCCAUGCUUGAGAGCUGUAGCGGCUGCUGCAGUUCUUGUAGAAGAGGCAAACAAGCUGACCUUAGGGCAGCCUGUGAUUUUAAAGUGUCCCCAUGCUGUAGUAACUCUAAUGGAACAUAGGGGGCACCAUUGGCUCACCAAUAGCCGGAUGCUUAAGUACGAGAGCAUGUUGGUGGAUAAUCCACAGGUUAAAUUGUCAGUGUGUGCCACUUUAAACCCAGCUACCUUGUUGCCAGUGGAAGAAGGAGAAUUGAUGCAGCAUGAUUGUUUAGAAGUGAUGGAUGAAGUGUAUUCAAGUAGGCCAGAUCUCAGAGAUCUGCCACUACAGACUCCAGAAUGGGUGCUUUUCACAGAUGGGUCAAGUCGUGUGGUUGGUUCCGAAAGAAAAGCGGGAUAUGCAGUGGUGAAUAGCAAUGGGGAAACCCUAGAGGCAAAGGGGUUGCCUCCAGGAACUUCCGCACAGCGGGCCGAGUUGAUUGCUCUGAUAAGGGCCCUCCAAUUGGCUAAAGGAAAAAGAGUCAAUAUUUAUACUGACUCAAAAUAUGCCUUCACCACUCUGCAUGCCCACGGUGCCAUUUACAAGGAAAGAGGAUUGCUGACAUCUGCUGGACAGCAGAUCAAGAAUGCAACAGAAAUUUUGCAACUUUUAGAUGCAGUUUGGGAACCAAAAGAGAUAGCAGUCAUGCAUUGCAAGGGACAUCAGUAUGGUGAAGAUCAGGUAACACAGGGAAAUCGCCUGGCAGAUCAACAAGCUAGGAAAGCAGCAGAUGAAAGCAAAUCGGAAGAAUCAGUUUUACAGUUGAAUAUCACACCCACAGUAGAGUCCAUGACUUACUCUGCACAAGAGAAGGAGUGGGCUCUAGCAGAAGGGGCAAAGUGGAAGGGUAAUAUUCUCAUAUUACCCAAUGGAAAAAUCUUCGUCCCAAAAGCCUUGGGAUGGGAAUUGGUGAAGGAGGUUCAUAGACAAACCCAUUUAGGUGCAACAGGAAUGGCUUCACUCUUGGAACGGCAAAUCUGGGUGGACGGCUUGCAUGCCUUGGCCAGAACCGCUGCUCUAAGAUGUGAAAUUUGUGCUAAGAACAAUCCCAGGAUGGGGCCAUUGCUCCCACCUGGAGUUCAGUAUUUGGGAACGACACCCUUUGAGUCUCUAGUGGUUGAUUUCACUGAAAUGCCAAGAGUCCAAAGAUUUCAUUACAUGUUGGUGAUGGUAUGCACAUUCUCAGGGUGGGUGGAAGCAUAUCCUACCACCUCUGAGAAGGCUGUGGAGGUCAGCCGUGCCAUGAUGAGGGAUAUAAUCCCUAGGUACGGGAUACCUUUACACAUUGGAAGUGACAAUGGCCCGGCCUUUGUUCACCAGGUCCUAGGGUGCCUAGCCCAGUUGUUAGGAACCGCAUGGAAAUUGCAUUGGGAGAUGGCAGUCCACUACCAGCAGCCCUGGGAGAAGCUUGUGUCCCUGCAAAGGCAAUCCGCCAGCCGCGGGAGACGGGAAGCGGCUGUGGCUGUAAAAGAGCGAUUGGAGCCGGCUUUCUGA